CAGCAAUAAACUCGUGAUUCACGUGACGCUCAUGAACGCAUCUGGGGCUGUCUUUACGUAGCGUAUUUGUAGUUUAGCAAAAACUCCAAGAUGACGGAUCCGACGGCGUCUCCAGAACACCACUGGAAAGCGGAUAGCGCUUUCACCGACAGUGGCUUUGACCAUAGCUUUUUUGCAGAAAGUGCCCGCAAGGGAACAGUUGUGUCCCGUGCCAACAGCAUUGGCUCCACAAGUGCCUCCUCAGUACCAAACACAGAUGAUGAAGACAGUGACUACAGACACGAGACCUCAUUUAAAGACUCGUAUAAAGACCGACGACGACAAGCGCACAGCCAGGCUGAGCAGAAACGUCGAGAUGCAAUCAAGAAAGGCUACGAGGACCUCCAGGCAAUAGUGCCGACCUGUCAGCAGCAGUCAGAGUUUGCACUGGGAGCACAGAAGAUCAGCAAAGCUACUGUGCUGCAGAAAACCAUCGACUACAUCCAUUUUCUUCAUAAAGAAAAGAAGAAGCAGGAAGAGGAAGUUUCACUUUUAAGGAAAGAAGUGAUGGCACUGAAGAUUAUGAAAACGAAUUACGAGCACAUAGUGAAGGCCCAUCAGAACAACCCACAGCAGGGGGAGGACCAGGUUUCUGACCAGGUCAAGUUUAGCGUCUUUCAGAGCAUCAUGGAUUCUCUGUUCCAGUCUUUUAGCACUUCCGUCUCCAUGAACAGUUUCCAGGAACUGUCCGCCUGUGUUUUCAACUGGAUCGAGGAGCACUGCAAACCCCAGACACUGAGGGAGUUUGUGGUUGGAGUUCUGCGGCAGCUCAGCGGGCAGCUCUACUGACCCUGUGACACGUCUGGACUCAGUUCCCAGUCGAUGGACUUGCUUCGCUCUGGGCCGACCUCAGGGCAGGAUUAGAACCGGCAGUAGCUCUCAGACCUCAUCAGAAGCAUUUACACUCACACCCUUUGGCCGUGAAUGGACUACCUCAACUCACGCUGUGGGCAGCAGGUGGCGCUGUUCUGUGUAAUUCUGCUGAUACCACAGGGAAACCCAAGAGCACAGGAAUCUUAAAAUAAUCAGUGGGGGAAAAAAAUCCACCGACAAAUUAGAAAAUAAGACAUUGUUAGAACGACUUCCUUUGGCAGAAGUCUACUGCUGAAGCCGAGAGCUAAUGUCCAACGUCACUCCAGACCUCAGCAGACGAUUGGGAAAAAAACUGCCGUCUCCCAGUCUUGUUAUUAAUGUAAAGUUUUUAAUGUAAAUGCAGCUGUUGUGGAAUCUCGUGGCUGUCAGGUUGUUCUCUCUGUGUUCUAUCUUCGUUCAGUGACUCGGAUCAUAUCUGAGCUUCGGCGCUCACCGUGAAGACACUGAACGCAACUGCUGGUUUGGUUCCGAGGACGCUGUGUGUCAGGUAUCGAUUGUGAUGAAUCUGUCAGAUGGUGAUUUCAGCUCUCUUUUCCUAAAAUGCCAGUGAUUUUUAAAGCCACCAUGAUGAAUGCUGUUUACCUUGUUAUUCAGUGGGGGGUUUUUAUUUUCAUUAAAAAUGAUUGUGUUAGAAAUCAUCAUGGUCAGAAUG